GUACAUAAAUAAUGAACCUCAGCUCCCUCCUCUUGCGCCCUCUCGCCGUCGCCGCCGUCACCAUAACCGCCGUCACCUUCUUUGUAGCCUUCCUCCACCGCCAGAGCCCAGCUUCUUCCCCGCUGCCGUUAUCGGAUCCGAUGGCGGCCCGUAGCUUCGUCCUCUGGCUGCACGGGUUGGGCGACUCCGGCCCCGCCAACGAGCCCAUCCGCACCUUCUUCUCCUCCCCCGAGUUCAGGCUCACCAAAUGGUCUUUCCCCUCCGCCCCUCAGUCUCCCGUCUCCUGCAACUAUGGUGCUGUGAUGCCUUCCUGGUUUGACAUUUAUGAGAUACCUGUGACUGCUGAAUCUCCGAAAGAUGAAAAUAGUGUCCUUAAAGCUGUUCAGACCGUGCAUGCCAUGAUAGACAAGGAGAUUGCUAAUGGAAUAAGCCCUGAAAACAUAUUUAUAUGUGGAUUUAGCCAAGGAGGUGCCUUGACAUUAGCUAGUGUGUUGCUUUAUCCGAGAACUCUAGGAGGCGGUGCAGUCUUCAGCGGAUGGGUUCCUUUUAAUUCAUCAAUAAUAGCACGCAUUUCUCCUGAAGCUAAAAAGACACCUAUUCUGUGGUCUCAUGGUUUGGCUGACCGAACCGUGCUAUUUGAGGCGGGGCAAGCAGGACCUCCUUUUCUGGAACAAGCUGGUAUGAGUUGUGAGUUUAAGUCAAUUAUCUUGUUGAGUUGUUGUAGGCUUAUCCUAAUGUCGGCCAUUCAAUCGCCAACGAAGAGUUGAGGUACCUUGAAUCAUGGAUCAGGACACGCCUGAAGAGUUCAUCGUGAAAAUUACUGGUGUCUUUUGACGACGACCAUGCUUGCCCAUCAAAGAAGCAACUCUGCGCCUCGCUCCCUUAUCAUUUACGUUCUGCAACUAUUUAUGGUUAUCCAUGGAGGAGUCACAAAAGCACCCUUCUUCUGUGACACUCGGUGAAAUGGUUAACAGGCGAAUUAAUUCU